GUACUUUGAGCACCGUUGGUCACAACCAAAGCUUGUUGGUGCGUUUCGUCGCAUCACCUGAUUUGACAUGACGUUUGACAUUUUCUUAUGUCAUUUUCAGGAAUGAAAAUGGUCGGUUUGCUCAACAUUGUUUUCAUUUAGAUUCUGAUUAGAAAAUUCAUUAGUGUGUUACGAAGAUGACAGAAAAGGAAAUUUCAGUUGAAGAGCUCGAGGAGACGGUCAAGCGCACAGAUGAGCAGUUAGACAUGAUGGAGUGGAAGAUGGACCAUGUGGAGAAGGAGCUGGUGCAGCCCAUCAACACCCAGGACAUGUGCAUCAUGCAUCUCCUCAAGUCCGUGUCAGAGGUGCGCUCGGACUACCAGCAGCUGCGGCGCGAGCUGGUGGAGGUGCAGGCCCUGCAGCGCGAGCUGUCCUCGCGGCUGCGCUCGCAGCUGCGGCUGGUGCACGGCAAGUUCGCGCGUCUGCGCCAGCGCCUCGCCGCCGCCUCCCCACCCCGCUGAGGGACACCCCUCAACACUCUCCAAAUUCUUAGUGACUUCACCCUAACACUUUGGGUUGGACUUCAAAUUUAACAGACUUAUUUCAAUUGUCAACGAAGCUGAAAGGCCCUGAAGGAUGACAUGGACUGCAAAUGAGUUCACAAUCUUUGAGUUGCGUAAUUUCAUGAGGUUAGAGUCAAUUGGAAGACCUCAAAUCUUAUGUAACUAGUUAAAUUGUAAAAAUAUUAUAGAAAUGCCCGACUGUGGGAUGUAUUGUUAUAAUUGAAUUGUAAUUACGUUUUCGAUGUUGAGAUUUGUGUUUUUAUAUUGUAUUUUUAAACAGCUUGACAGCUGAGUUUUGAUGUGGUCUAUUUUUAAUGUUAAAUUAACCGGGCCUAAGGAAAAAAUGACAAAGUUGAAUUAAUCUGAGUGCAAUAAUUAUAGUUACAGUCUUAUGACUUUUUGAGGUGGACUGACUGAUUGUUAGGAGUAGUCGCAGAUGAGGCUCAGACAACCUUCAUAAAAAAGCCUAUUUGAAGAGUUCAAAAUUACUUAUCCACAAAAUGUGUUGCAGCUAUUACGAUAACAUUUUGUUUUAAAGGGUACGAAAUAACAAGAUUAAAGGUCAUAAGAUAUAACCGUAUUUAAAAAACGUGAUCUCUGGCUAAUUGGAUAUUACUAUAAAUUUCAAAAUGUCCUCUUACAGCGACUGUCCCUAACUUACAAAAUCAUCAGUCGACUUUAAACUCUAUUAUAUUCUAAAACCGAAACGCUUAUCACUCAAACUAGUUAGAAAAUAACUUAAUAUUAAAACAUAAGGUACGUUACUAGAUUUUCGCGGUUUGUAUACAUUAUACAAUUUAGAAUAACGUGUCUUAACCGCGGACGUAAUAAACGAUUUAAAUCAUUUCUCCGAAAGUUUCGAGUAAAAUUUAAUUGGAGGGUAGUGACAGAAAUGCACACGACUUAGCGUCACGGAACUAUCAUCAUUCAGCCCGUUUACACUCGAAACGUCCAGAAAAUGGCGAAUAUAAUAAUUCAUUUAUACUUUGGACUACGAUUGAAUAAUAAAAUGUCUCUUCGAUUAAGACUCAUUGUAAUUAAUUGUAUAAUGUAUAAUCCAAAUGUCCCAAUCAUCAGAGAAUUCUCGUAACUUUAUGAAAUAGAAGAGGUUUGUCUCGAUUAUAGUUGAUAACUAUUUUAGUGCCCUAUAGGUGAUAGAGGUAUCGUAACUGUGUGCCAAUGUUACUCUAGAAUACUCCAGAUGUACGUAAACACGUUUGUCACGUUAAAUUCAUACUGAUCUCACAUGGGGUUGUGGCGACUUGGUAGCUUUUAUAUACAAAGUGUUGCCAUUAUUCAACUUUUUUUUGUAUGGUUAUUAAUUAUUAAUCUGUUAAAUGCGUAAACUUAUAUGGUUAUUUUGUGUUUAUUUAUGUCUUAAAAACGUAAAAGUCUGUAUUCUAUUAUUAAGCAAUCAAAAAUCAUAAUGUUAAAGUUUUAGAUCACACGUGAUGAUUUUAAAAUCGUUUUGUAAAUCGAAGUUUUGAUAUUUAACUGUGAUUCUUUAAAGCUUUUGUUGGAAGCAUAAUAAUAUUAAAUUUAGAAAGCACCGCGUGCUUUAUAAAUCUAGUACUACGAACGGCUUAAAGUUGUAAAACUUUGUAUGAAAGUCAGUCAGGUCGUCACGCCUCACCACACUAGUCCAUACACUAUAGCUACUGGUAGUCUCCGUAGUGAAUGUUUUGUACGUAGUAAGUCGGUGCUAAAGGAUACGGUAGACAGCUGGGAGGUGACAGGAGGCACAACUAAAGGAAAAGGGAGGGGAAGUCUUUGACUAUUGUAGUCCACUUUAUGAUAGAGAAUUAUGUCAUUUGUAAGUUUUUGAGAAUCUUUUAUACCUAUCGAAUAUUCUUUGGAAAGAUGUUAGAUUAGUUAGAUCCUGUUUUAUGAAGUGGCUUUAGACUUCGUUUUAUGAAAGAGAUGGUAGUAUUUUCUCGUAUAGUCUCUUUCUUUUACAGAAACAAGCCUUCAGUCUAAAACUUCAUAAUAUUUGUUACAGAUCUUGAGUUUUGAUAUUUUUCAAAUGUUGUUUUUGUCACUGGCUUGACCAUAUCAAUCGCGUGAUUUGAAAGUAAGGUUUGGGAUGAAGUUUUUGGUCCAAAGCACUGUCUUAGAUGGCAACACUUGACCUUCGAAUUAAAUUUAAAGGUCGAUUCCAAGGGCGCCGCUGGAACGAAUUUAAACGUGUGCUAAACGAAUAAUGAUAAUAAAUUGUAGUUCAAAUAUUAGUGGAA